UCUUUCAAUGGCUGCAUUGCCCAGAUGUGCUUCAUUCUUCUAACAGGUUGAACUGAAAUUUUGAUGCUGUCAGCGAUGGCUUAUGAUCGAUAUGCUGCCGUAUGUCACCCCCUGCAUUAUGCAACAACUAUUAAUAUACAAGUUUGCAGUCAAUUUGUGGGUGGUGCCUGGUCAAUUAUCUCAUUCUAUACACUGGCAAACACCGUUCCUGUGUCACAUUUACACUUCUGUGGGCUGAACCAAGUCAGUUUUUUCAGUUGUGAGCUCCCUUCUCUGUUAGACUUCUCCUGCAUGAAGACCCUCCUCAAUGAAAUGGUGUUUAUCACUUUUGUGGCAAUUUUAAGAUUGAUUGCAUUCCCCACUAUUGUAAUCUCCUACAUCCACAUGAUCUCCACCAUCUUGAAGAUACACUCCAUGGCGAGCAGGCAUAAAGCCUUCUCCACCUGCAACUCCCACCUCAUUGUUGUGACCUUAUACUAUUGGACUGCUUUGGUUAGAUCCUUGAGACCAAACUCAGCCUCCUCAGUUGUUCUAGACAGCUUAUUAUCCAUCCAGUACAACAUCUUAACCCCCAUGUUCAACCCCAUCAUCUACAGCCUGAAAAAUAAGGAGGUGAAAACAGCUCUGAGGAGAAUAUUGGGAGGGAAAUCUCAUAUUUCUCAUGUAAUGUAA